AGGUCGUCUUCUUGCGCCUUGCCUCCCGGACAGGUAAACGAGCGGAAGAAUGGAUGAAUCGUUGUACAUCUUCAAGCGAUUCACACUUUUCUUUACCGUCCCUCCCUGUAGUAGAUGUAAGUAGAUGUUGUUUAGCCUGUAGUUUACGUCGUGUACUGCUCGUCUGCUGGUGCAACCCAGCAAACUGAGUUGUAAUCUUGCGAAAGCUUCUAAGCAACUUUCGCUUUCUACUAUAACUAGCAUUGGUAACCAAAGAGCAGCACGAGGAAGUUAAGUAACAGUAAGUUUUGUACCGAAAAACGAAACACAAGAAAUGUUAGUCUAUAAUUAUGUACUUAGUCAUUUCUUAUUGUAAUUUUGGAGGGAGACUUUCACAUUAAAAUCUGAAUUCGACGAUACUUUUGGGAGUACUUACAGCACUUCAAGAGAUAAUUAUUUGAAGAGGAGCGAGGGCGCGUUUCAUUUCUAAGGCUAACGAAGUGAUUGUGAUUAAGCGAUGAGACUCUCCUCGUCUCAUGAUUCUAUCUUUUCGAUGUCUCCGUCCUGUCACAAGUUCAAGGUCUAGUGGUACUAAAAAGGUAUAUUUUGACGAGAUUAUAAUUUCUCAAAAGUGAGGAAGGUAAGUAAAGGUAGAGCAGAUAUUGGACGAUGACGAAGUCUUCUCCGUAUUUUUAAUAUUAAUAUCAUGUUCUCUACUUUGUAAGAAUAUGACCAAGAAAAUGGCGAGGAUGUUGAAUUGGAAGAUGUUUUCUUGGGUGCUAGUAGGCAUCUUCACGACAGGAUGGGUGAAGAUUGCCGUCGGCCAAGAGGCGUGUGAUAUCUUUCUGACGCCAACGCAGAUUAUGACCGGCGAGUUGGAUUCGGGAGCUCGGGUACCGUUCUUUUGCAUUAGGAUUAGAAGAUAAUUUUUGUUGUCAACGCAACAGCUGGACCGUCAGGAAGGUCCCUUCCCUAGCGCCCUUACAUCGAUCUCCUCAUUGGCAGAUGGUAGGUGCGCGGAACGUGUGCUGCGAUAGGGUCGCGCGCGGACAUAAUUAAGGAAACCCGUCGCGCGCGCGUGGGGGAGGGUCUUCCUGUUUACUGCGUUGACAGCUCCGAAAAAAGUCCCAAAAAACCGCCACCGCAAAAGCAAUCGGGUGGAAGAAGUCCAAAAACCUGCAAAAGACGCCCCCGCCCAAACGGUACGAAAAACUGCAAGGAGGCCGUUGCUGUGUCGGGGUGUUUCGGAUGGCUCUUUGUGGUGUUUUGUGUAUUCACCGCCCACGGGCCCGGCUUUUGCGUGCCUGCUUGUUGUGUCUCUCUUCUCCGGCGGCUGUGUGUUGGUUCGCUUGCGUGGUUUGUGCCUGUCCGCUUGCUCCUGGCGCCCGAGGAUCUGGCUGCCCGUUUUUUCUGUCUGUGUGUCUUCUUUAUCUUCUCACGAGUCGCGACGGCAUGGCGCUGGCCAGGUCUGUGGAAGUGUCGCCGGCAAUGUGGCUUCUGCGCCUGGGGAUCUGGCUGCCCGUCUUUUCUGUCUGUGUGUCUUCUUCUCAUGAAUCGCGACGGCAUGGCGCUGGCCAGGCUUGUGGAGGCGGGUCUGGCAAUGUGGCCUCGGCGCCCGAGGGUCUGGCUGCUUGUUUUGUUUGUGUGUCUUCUUCUCAUGAAUCGCGACGGAAUGUUGGGGCUGGCCAUGUCUGUGCCUGGAGUGUCGUAUUGCUGCGCCUGAGGGUCUGGCGGAAGUUCUUCGGCUCUUCGUCUCCGUUGGUCGUUUGUUGUCGCUGGGUCUCUUUCUUGGCUGUUUGCGUGUAGGCUACAGAACAAGGCAGCCUUUUGCUUAGACACUUGGCGCGGGUUUGGGACUCGCAGGCGCCUCGCCAGUCUAGUCGGACAGGCGUGGCUUGUCUGGGCCUGAAGUGCGUGGGGAGUGCGCUGCGCGUCGUCGUGGGCAGGGAAAGCGAGGGCGCUUGCGUAGUUAGUAUUUAUAUAUUAUCAUGAACAUGAAGACAGUCAGACGGCAGAAGGCGUGCAUUGUUAGCCGGCGGGCGUUGGGUGUUUCCGUGUGCCAUCUGACACCUUAUGCGCCUUGCUUUCUGUCGGUAGCGUGGGCGCGUCACGGCAGUGCCGUCGGGGCUGCGAGUGGUCUUCCUUCUUCCUUUUGCUUGACGGGUUUCCUUUUACUGGCCGCCAACGCCAGGGACGUAAUAAUAAGAAGAGCAACAUUCAUCAUCGUCAUGGUCAAUAUAAUCAACAACAUCAUUGGCAUAGGAUUAUUUAGAUUUUGAUUGAGAGUUAGGAUUAAUUUAGAUUUUUGAAACGAGUCAGUCUGCUCAGUACAACAAGACUCGAUUAUAAAAUUCAAAUUUUUCUGUUCUUCAGGUGGUGACAUACACGAAUUUGCGAGUGACAUGCAAGCGAUUCUAUCGAAAGGGUGGGGCUUCUCAAGUACGUCAGGACGCCGCGUCGGUACCGCUCCUCCGCUGUCGGAGCUACAUCGAUUCUUAAUGAUGAUCCAACUACUUACCUACGUGACUUUCUUUUAUUAUACCUCUAGACUGGAUACGCCACUACUACUACUUACACACAAUCUUGGAAAGACGAAGUAGAAGCAAAUGAACCAAGAACAAGAUGAAGAACUUAUUUUACUUGACUGGUGGUGGUCACCUGAUUCUGAUAUAAUUCAUCUUGUUGGAUAGGCGUAGGAAAUUGUAGAAGAGGAGAUUGAAAUCGAUGUGCUCUGUGCGGCAGGCAGUGAACGGUCCUGAGGUGGCUUACAUUUUGGAUGAUCAAUUAGAAUUCUAUUUUAGAAAAUGAAAACGAUAAGAAUUGUCGUGAUUGUCGUUGUCUAGACCUGCUAGUUGUUCUCAUCAUUUACAUUCAUUCUGUAUGCUUGAUUGCUCUAAUUUUUUGUUCCAUGUGUGCUUAUGGUGCGUCAGCUUUAGCAUCUUCUCGGAGUUGUACACGUACGUACCUACGUAGGUGGUGAAUGUUGUAAUUGUGAUGAUCAUCUGCAGGAGUGGUCGUCGUAGCUUCAUAAUUCUAAGCUUCUAGUUUCUAUUUUGGAGAAGAAUAAAUGCAAUACGAACACCUGUUUUCCUUUUCAGAGGACAUGAUUAUUUAAUAAGAUUUGGUACUAGUCCCUCUGUGGCUGCACACAUUCGCUCGAGGAUACAGGUCAAACUGUGGACGGCGAAUCCUAUCCUAUCCUAUCCUACACCUGUUUUAUGCACCUCGUCAUCACUCACGCACUCACUCACUCAGGUGGCGCGGGUCGAUGCUCCACUGUAUUAUAGGAAGUGCAGCGACAGCAACACGCGGUAUGACGAAGCUUCUGGCACGUGUGUCGAAAUGGUCUGUCCGCAACCGUGCAGUUUGUGGGACCCUCAUUGCCUUGCGUCGCGAACCGACGAUAACUUCGUGGCUGCCAACGUUACUCAGUGGGGUUCGAACUUAAGUUGCUCUUACACUACUUCUAACUUUACUGAUGAAAGGAGCUAUAACAAAACGUAUUAAAUAAAACUACUUUCGAUUUUCACCACAAUCCACCACUAAUAAAUAUGACUAGAAUUAUCAAUUACUUAUGUUGUACUAAUAUUCGUAAUAAUUGGAAACAAGAACAACUCCAUUCAACCAUUUUUUCACCGUCUAAUGACGUUUGCGCAGCGCGCGGCAGAGGUGCAGGCGCAGGGUAAGGCUGGUUACGAAGCCAUGCGAUCACUGAUAGAAUCGGAAAAGCACAAUUUUGGUGGUUAUUGGUGGGCAUGGGACCCCACACGCUACGAGGUGGCACAUCGCGGCUUCGAGUGGUGCGGGCAUCACUUAAGGCUCCUCCUGAUUGAGGCCUGCAUAACUCUCCUUACAUCCGACCUUGGGUAAAUUAGAAUUUUUAGAUAAAAUAAAAUUAGAUAAAUAUAUAUUCCAUAUAGCGUGUAGCCCUUCAAAGAAUAGAUAUAUAUAUUCCAUAUUUCAAUUUCUCACUUAACUACAAGUUCAAGUACUAGCGGUGGAAUUCAUUCCCCAACGAGUGCCUGGACAUGCUAAAAAGGGACUCUUCCCUCAAUGACCUUUGAUUUUUACCUCGUCUACAACAAGUUAGUACUUUGUUAGAAGAUACAACUACCUGCUCACCAGAGGUAGCAGGAGUAUUUCAAUUAUUACCUGCUGCUCAAGGAAAGAAUUGAUUACUAUCUAAUGAAAGCCACUUCCAUCUAGACAAUUCCAUCAUCCUUCUUAUUACCUGCUGCAGCUCAUCGUCAUUUUCGAGGAGUUUGACAGUGAAAGCCGCCACCUCCUUUUGAAGAUUUUGAAGGGGCUCUUAGUCCUAGUCCUUCUACCUCGUUAAUAGUCGUCUAAGUCAGCAUGACUGGGAAUCGGAUACCCACGAUAUGACCCAGUGUCGUUGCGGGUUUGUCGAGUUGAUUCGUGCAAAGGAUCCAAAUAAUCGAUUCGAGCAUGAUUGGCCUCCCCAUGGAAAGUCCAGGACCGAUGACUAUUACAUGUGGCGACACCGCGAUAUCAAUUUUCCUUCGGUGCCCAAGUCAGCAGCUGAUUAUGGUGAACAAGGAAAUCAAAGUGUUCAUCUUAUAGAAGAAGUAGACUAUUAAUAUUUGAACUUGAACAAGUCUCCUUCUUCAUCAAUCAGCUUCUAAACACAAUACUAGCGAUGCCUCCUCCUCUUUAUUAGUGAUUUGGAUUUUUUUGAAACUAUACCGGUUAAUUUCCACACGAUACUUCACCUUAAUAUCCAACAAGCUACUCUCUCGACCUCGGCGCCUCUAGUCAUUUACAUUCUGGCACUUCUUGUUAUCUCACGCUAAAUAUUAAAUUGUAGUUACUUACUCAUUUCUUCUACUUCUUCUAACGUGUUUGCUUGCCGGAGAGUGUAAAACGAGACCGUUGGAUGCAGAUUUUCCCAGAUUUUGCGCAGCCGUGGGCCGCACCCGAUAAAGAUCGUUGGUAUCAUCAUGCCACUAUUAAGGCUCAACUUUCAUUGAUCAUUUAUUGAGGUUGGUCUACUGUCACUGAGAAGAUCGGAGAGGGGCCCCCGUGAAAGAGCAGGGCUGGUUCCGUCUCCGUAUCAAACAAGUAGACGAGAGGUGUGUAGUAGGGGGUCUUGUCCGUUCAGAAUUAUCAGUGACCAAUGAAAGAGUGGCGACCUUUAACACUACCACGCAACCUUCACGAACGGAACAUCUCCGCGGCCGUAAUAGCCUGCAGGAGAUGACAUGCGACGCACUCACUGGACACGACCCGCACCACCAUGACCCAGCAUAUACCCAAACCCCAGAAGUUAUGGCUACAUUCUGAUUUUUGUAUUUUAUUGCUUUUUCACGACCUCACAGUUAUAAUAAACUAUUAUAAUAUGGUCGUCUAGUAGUCUAGUACAUGAUGUUGAAUGUGAUACUUAGAAGUACUGCCGGGAGUUAGUUUUCCCUUGUAGUAAACCUUACUUUUCCAGUUCCACUUCCACCUUCUAUGAUACUCUUCACUCUUCUAACAACAAGGAGACAUAUUGGGCCGACAUGCGUUCUUGGUGUAGCAACUGGAUAAAGGAGAAUAAGGGACCGCUCAUGUUCGGGCAUCGAUUCCAUCAUUUCCUGAGCGACCACCAAAUGGAUCGCGUCCUUCCAGGCCCUAGCCCAUCAGGACCGUUUAACGUGGAUGCGGACGGCAUCCGAAGCAUGUGUGCCGAAAGGCAUGACAUGUUGGAGCUGUGGAUGGUUUACAAUGGUGUCUGGACUCCAAGCGUUACCGAUCAUACACUGUAUUUAAGGCUGGUACAAGAAAUCCAUCUUGUUCCACAGCAUCCUGUUCCUUCGUUCCCGUUUCUCAAACGGGCACAAAUAAGCAGCUUUGCAGGAUGGAUUUAGUCGAGGUCUAAUCUCUGACAUUGAUUACGGACAAAAGAUGAAUGAACCUGGAGGCUUCAGUGACUGGUGCGUGGCCAAGCUGUCAGAGCUCUACGGCCGUAUUGCAGGUCUGCCGCGACAAGUCGACCAACAGCACGGACAGAAAACUCCCGGAGCAGUCAGCUGGCGUGCCACACAAGCUGGAGUAUUGACUUAUAAUCUUUAUCUUAUAAAAUUAUGUAUGAAUAUAUAAUAUUGUAGAUGGACCUAGAACUAGCUGUAGAUGCCUCACGAUUUCGAUUGUUGACGUUAGUCACGAGAACCUUCAUGAUCUGGAGAUGGGUGAAAAAGGUGUGAAGUGCAGACAUUGCGACAAAGCAGGGUGGAACUAUAAAACGGCAAAAGUGCAAGCAAAAGCGACUGUAGUUGGAAAAUGGAGAAAACACGAAGAAAGACGUCAAGGAGGAAAAAUAUAAUUAAAGAUGCACGUCCGUCAAUUAAAUGGCUGGGUAUAUCAUCAUCAUCAUCAUCAUCGUCAUCUUGUCGUGCUUGUAGUUGUGCAACUUAUUGAUCUGAUGCUUGCACUCGUUCAGGUACUGAACACGAUGCGGGACAUCCUAGACAAUGCGUACGUGAAAAAGUUAUGACCUUCGCCCAAGAGGACUCCUUCAAAAUCUUAAAAUCGUUGUUCAUUUCUAGUAGCAGUACUUGUAGUACCAGUAACAGUAUUAAUAGCGCUAAGAACUUGAAGUUCGUUUUCACAUGUUUUAUACUUUGUUGUAUUCAACAUCAACAAGAUGAAAAGAAGAAGAGCAGUAUUUUAAUAUUUUGAAGAAAAGAAUGGAAAAGUGGUAUCGAAAAGAAAAACCUUAACCUCAUUUUGUUUUGUUUUUAGUAAGUACUUCUAGUUCUAGACGACAAGAACAACACAGAAAUAGGAAGAUUUGUGGUGGAGUCCUCUUUCACAAAACGCGAAUGGGGAGAUCGGCGCCCGCCACGAUCCUUUCAACGAUCAUGGCAGUGAAGUAAUGCUGCCAAUCAAGGAUGGCAACGCAGUGAACAAUCAUCCGCGUGGGCAUCUAUUCUUAAGGCUUCCUCUAAUCCAUCUCUAGCGUAGCUAUCGCUCAAGCAUAUACAUCCCGAUACUUACAAGGGGAACAGAUACCGCAGCAACGCAUCUCAGAGAAACUCUCUUGAGGGAUUUCCACAGGAAUGAUGAAAUAACAGGAAGAGGUCUAAUAUUCCCGAAGCUGAAACUUCCUCCGAAGUUCGGUAGCCCUUGCUUUAGCUACGUGGAGUACGCGGAGACCAUUCAGAAUUAUCAGCAUUAUGGCCCCAUUUAUAGUACUUAUUUUAUAUAUGAGAAUAUUAGUAGUUCUAGUUACUUAGUACUUCAUCAUGUCAAUUAUAGGUUCUUGGUUAGCCCCGCCACUUAAAAGAAGAAGUACUUGGCAAUAACAAGAAUAGGCUCUUCUUAGUGAUUUAGCACUGACACUUCCUUGUCAAUUGUUGUACUAGGUUGCUUGCUGUUGAGGAAGAUCCUUUUGUAGCAAACUGUUUCUCCUUGUUCUUUUAGGUUGCUUGCUGUUGAGGAAGAUCCUUUUGUAGCAUCUUGUUUCUCCUUGUUCUUUUAGGUUGCUUGCUGCUGAGGAAGAUCCUUUUGUAGCAUCUUGUUCUUCUUGUGAAGACAAGAACCUGUUAGUUUUUCGUGGCUCAAGUUGCAUCAAAGGUGUAGGCUUUGCUGGCUGACCUCAUCAGUAGUCACGUGCAACUACAAACGAGGUUCCAUGACAUGACUUCUUCAUCCCUGUUCUACUGUAGAAGAACACCUAUUGCGUGAAGAACCUCCACAUUGUCUAAGAGUAGCGCGAGCACGAGGGUUUCCCAGGGAUCAUCAAACCAGAGUGGAAGUGCACAGACGGCGUGUCUAUCACCGAAAACAUUAUCAAGUUCGUUAAGGCCUUAAUAUAAUACUUCUUGCUACAUUCUUCAUUCAAUCAAUGCUCAUCUUCCGUAGAAGUUCUUGAUUGCUCGGUUUCUUCAUCUUCAGGUUUUGGUUAAUAUUCAAAGCUAUGACAAUAUAGGAAAACCAAUCACUACAACUACUAGUACUAGAAGUGAGAUCAAAAAGUAUUUCUUUAUCCUUGCACUCCUUUUUCCAGCAUGACUCUCUCCGAGAAUAAUACAUUUAAUCCAGAUGUGGUGGCUCCUCAGUACAAACUGAUGCAUAACUUGUUAAUUUUUCCCUCAUCGUUCUAGGUAGUUAGUCCCUUCAAACAACAUACUGUUCCGUCUUGCCGCUACUAGUUUAGGAUUACUACUUGAGAAAAAAACAUCUAAUUUUGCACCGCCAACCGACGAUGCUGCGCAUACAAUGCUGCGUUUUUUGUCGCGAAAAAGCGUGGAGACGCAAUUGGACAUCUUAGAGUUAUGGAAAUGAUUAUCAAUGAAAAAGCGUGGAGAGGACGCAAGAACUGGACAUCAAUUGUGGAAAUCAAUGAAGAUUAAUAGUGCUCCCACUUCGUGCACGCGGGGGCUGCACGGUGCACCCCAACGAUACUAUUAAAGAAGAGUUCCAUAGAAGAACGACAGGAACUCUUCUUUACUAGCAUAGAAGACGACUAUACUGCUAGAAGAACGACAGGAACUCUUCUUUACUAGCAUAGAAGAGACUAUGCUGCUAGAAGAACGACAGGAACUUUAAUAGCAGUUCUGUGCUAGAAGUACACAGGACAAUGCGAGUUCCUGUGCUAGAAGUAGGACGAUAGUGGCAUCAAGCUGUUCUUGUGCUAGAAGUAGAAAAUAAUUGAAUUGGAGGUCGUCGGACCAGAAGUAAAGAGAGUGGCUGUUUCAUCUUUUACACCUCUAAUGCAAAGCGUGGACAUCAAAGCAGGCCGAGUCAAUAUCUUCAUCCUGGAUCAGUCCGAAACUGGGGGACAGACGCGUAAAGAGGGACCAAGCCUCGCCGAACUGCGUCAAAGUUGCUCUGUGCGUUUGAAUUUAUGAUCUUACAUAGGAACAGAAUCUUGGUCGUCGUCGCGGGAGGUUCUUGCUGUAUCUCUUUCUGUGAACAGAUACUAGUUAUAAUAGAUAUAUACAUAUAAUUAGUGGUACUUCAAGCUUGUAGUUCUAAUGUCGAUGUAUUUCGACUCUGAGGGUCGCCAGUCCGUUGCAGCGAACUCGUGGAUCCCUCUCGGGAAUUUGACCCAGGCUCCCGCGAACUGUGAUGCGGAUGUUAUGGCUCGCUCUUAUUUUUCAAAUACUGUGACGAGUAGACCUGGGCUCCUGAGUGAUUCAACAAUUUUUGCAUCAUACAUACUUGUUAGAACACUGAAAACCUAGAAAACUAGACCCGCAGGGGAGUCAAGUUGGAAACAGUAUCCCCUUCCUGGUUCUACCUUGAACUUCUCGGCUAGCUUCUUGAUGGACUGUUCUGCGUCGAGUUUCAUCUCCUUCGACUCUCUGGUGUACGAUAGUCGCACCCCCAAGAUAUCGCGGAUUUGAGUUCUCUUGUCGGCAGACCAUUCAGCAUCAAUUACUUUACCAUCGAAAUGCGCCAGGAUUUCCUUGAUCACUUGGUCUACUUCCUCCUGUGUGUUGGCACUAACUAGGGAGUCAUCAACGUAGAUGGCUAUAGUUACACCUUUGCGCCGGAAGAGACCGGGCUCAUUGGGACAUCUUUCCCAACCUGUUUUCAGUAGGAAGUUAGAGUAGCAAUCAUACCACUUUCUAGGGGCUAUCUUCAGUCCGUAAAGGCUUUUCAAUAGUCUCACAACGUCCCCACGCGGGUCCGCAGACCAAUGCUUUGGAAGUCUAAUGAACACGCGCUCAUCAUCCCCCAGCUCGCUCCUAACGAAUGCGUUGGAGAUGUCAAACUGGCCUAAGGCUUUGCCAUUGGCAGCCGCAUCAACUAACAACACCCUGUUAGCCGCGUGUGAGACUGUUGGUGAGAAGAUUUCGGCCUUACUAACUUUCGUCUGCCUAUUGCCUAAAGCAACGCAGCGAGCCUUGUAUCUACCACAUCGCUUCUUUGUGUAUAUGACAACACACGGGACAAUCUCAUCAUCAUCCGUGAGUUCACCAUCAUGCAGAGCUCGCCAAACAUUACAGCUUUCUAGCUGCAACUUUUCAAGGUUGUCAGCCUCCAUGAAUUUCACAGAGUCAGGACCCUUCAUGGCUUCUGCACGAGUAACCUGAACAGUAAAGGACAUUGCCACUUCCUGUUCCUCAAGAUCCAACAUAGGACCCCCAAAAGCUGUAAACGCACUUGCGAUGUUAGCUUCUGCUAUGUCAUCCUGCGGAAGUUCUUGCUGAAUUCCUUUUCCCUUUUUCUUCUUUCGACCACUGGUUUUCCAGUGCGGACACUGUUCUUUUGUCAGGCCCGUAGGACGACCUCGCCUAAGCCGUACUUUGAUCAUCGUUCCGCCACGAUUGACCAUUUUGAAGGGAUUCAGAUCGUCAUCUAUUAGAUGUGAACAAUCUGGGGAAUCCGUCGCAGGACCUCCCUGAGGCUGUUGCGCGUCGACUAGGACCUUGUCCCACGCAUGAAACUUACUUGAAUCAGGUUGCCCUGCUCCUAAGCGUUCCACUUCUUUCUCUGUUUUGCCUCUUUCGACAGGAAUUUCAGUCGACCCAUUUGGAUUCGGCUGUUGGUUGAUCGGUCCCACCGCCGGUGGCUGACCGUCAGCUGAUGAAGACGACGAUGGACUUCCAUCUGUCGGCUGAUCACCAGGGACUGUUUGUUUUGCUGUGCCUUUGCCAGCAUCAGUCACUUUGUUUCCUGAAGAACCAUCUGUGCCUGAUGGGUUCUCCGUUUUCCUUCUCUUGGCCUCCGGGCUAUCCGCCCCCUCUGAAGUUUGCGAUCGCUCAUCGCCGCUCCCUCCGAGUGCUGCACAGAGGUCGCGACUCCUCCUUACAACAUCGGCAGGAUCAGCUAUGCGCAAUUUCCGCUUCAUAGGCAACGGAUCGCCAUCGGUCCUAAGAGAAUCUAUAUCAUCAAUGAGACAAUCUUCCAUGAACUUCACGGAAGCAUUCUCGAUGACCUCAAACUUUUCUUUUCCAUUGACGUCUUUACGCCAUACGCCUACAAGAUACGCGGAAUUCUCUCUAGAAUACCCGAGAAAGAUCCCCUUUUCGAAUCUGUCCUCCAGCUUUGUUAGCUGCGUAUGGAUUUUGGCGUAGCACAUGCAGCCAAACCUCCUGAGAUGUUUAAGGGAUGCCUGAUUGUUGAACCUUUGCUGAUAGGCACUUGGCUUGUCUUUCCUCCUCUGUAGACGGUUAAACACGUACGCAACGUAGCGCGCGCACCAGUCCCAGACGGCUGGGUCUACUCCUUGGAUAUUCGCCCGAAUGGCAUCUGCCAUCGUGCGCAUCCAACGUUCGACUUUGCCAUUCUGUUGAGGUUCGUAGGGAACUGAAUGCGUGGGAUGGAUAUCCAAUUCCGCACAUGUCAGUUUCCAUUUACUGCCAGGCCCUUUUAGUGUAGGCUCAUUAUCAGUGCGAACCCUUUUGGGUUUGCUGCCCAUCUCACGGCAGUAUUGCUUUAGAGCUGCACCACAGUCAGACUUUUGCGCUAUGGCAUACACUUCAACCCAAUCCGUAUGAGAGUCUAUCAUGGCAAAGGCGUACUCUUUACCUAAGUGACUCGCUGGCAGCGGUCCCAUGAAGUCACAAUCGACCUGAUCAUGCCAGUUCUCGACGAUGUAACUUGGGUCACGCUGUUUCUUGUGAGACACUUGGCCAUACGUUUUAGCCUUACUUAGCACAAUCCGGACAAGGAACCACUUGGCCCCAGACGUUGAAGUGCGCUAAUCUCUGAUGCAGUCUUAGCUUGUUUUGUGGGUUUGACACACUUGAGAUAAAUGAACUGUGCGCUGACGCUUCUGUUUCAAAUGAAACAGUUGCCAUCGGCACUCCGUUCUGAAGCUCAGCGAUGUGCCUUUCACCCGAAGGAUCAUAGACAAUCCGUGAGUUCUUUGCGUAACGAAGCUCACCUCCCGCUUGCGUUAGCUCUUCCACAGAGAUGAGCUGCUGACGCAAAUCAGGAUGAUAAAGCCCCAUCACCAAACCCAGGCUGUUAGCCUUAAAGUACCCAACUCGGGCCCUUGUUUUACAAGGUCCGUCUGCUGUGCUCAGGGGAAGCGUCACACCUGUGAACUUCUUGAACGCAGAUUUGUCACCCGUCAUGUGAUGGGAUGCCCCUGUGUCAACAAUCCACUUGGACUGCCGGCCCCCCUCUGAAGGGUUACUUACUUUGCUAUUUGCACUAGCGCCAGCAUUCCCGAAGGCUUGCUUGUGACGUAGUGUCGUGCGCGCUUGCCCACCUACAAAUGCAGGAUUAGCUUGCGCCCCGAAGCUAUUCUUCCAGCUCCUACUUUUGUUUACCGAAACUACCGCGACCGACGAAGAUGAACUGCUUGAACUUGUACCCGUGUACAAGUCCGACCUUGUCCUUACCGACUCACGUGAGACCGAUGAGCUUUGUUGUCUUAGGCUUGUGCCAAGGUCGUUUUGUUUGGACAAGAUUUCCCCCGCAAAGGUGCCCUCUACCGACUCACAUGAGACCGAUUGGCACUCAUCCAAAGUCCGAAAAUACGACUCGGAAACCGACGAGGAAUCACUUGAUUCUUCCUUUUCUUGUUCUGUCGCUCUGGUUUGCUGUUGCCCUUUGAACACAUGCUCAAUAGGCUGAAAAUUUGACGCAUUACCUAGUACGUCUGCGGAAAAUACCUCAGCACCAGUCACAGAAGAACAAUACAAAGUAGGUUCAGCAGGGACAGACAUCUCGAUGUCACCUGUAGUAUCCGCCAUCGAAGAUUUGUCUUCUUCGUCUUCGUUGGGAAGUAGGAAGGUAACCUUCUUGCCCUCCUUUUCUUUGUUGUAAAGCUCCAGCUCCACCUCCUUCAGAACCUUCAUGCGCAUCUUCUCGGUCUCCUCAGACUUGAACUUCAUGUGAGCCAAGUCACCCGGAGAACAAGCAAGAACGCGCUUCAGCUCUUGAAUCUUGGUAGGAUCUUCACUCUGUUCUUCAGCGUUGGGAGUCAUGUCAGCGUCUUCUUGAUGGUCUCCGGCCUGAACGGAGUCAACAUCACCGACAAUGACUGAAUUUCCCUCAGCUUUCUUCUUGUUUAGUUUGUCCCGCAAGCUCUUGGGAGCUUUGCUUGGAUCUUUUGCCCAGCACCCAGAUUCAAGAUGUCCGGAUUUGUUGCAGUGCGAGCACCACUUCUCAUCCUUCUUCACCUUCUUCUUGUGCGGGUCUUUGCCCUUUCCUUUUCCUUUACCCUUGUGGGCAAGUUUAUCCUUCAAGGAUUGGACUUGUUUCUUCAGGCUUACUACUGCAUGUGCAGCAGCGUCCUGUUCGUGGUCACCUCCUUUGAGGUCCUGCAGAGCCGCGAAUUCGCGCAGAGCAGGUUUGAUGACAUCAAGUGAUGUCUCUUGGCGUGCCAACAUGGAAGACGAUACGACAUCGAACUUCUUAUCAGCGCCAAUGAGGACGCACGCGGCCAAGAACUCUUUAGCAUCGAUUUUAUUCUGCAGAGUUUCAGCCAUGACGACCUCUUUUCCUUCGAUCCAGCUGAUGAUAUCCGUACCCGAAGGCUGAGGAUCCAUCAUCUGCUUGUACCCGGAGAAACGAGUACUGGUUUCUUGACUUGCAUACUUUUGACACAAGGAAGCCAGGAUCGAAAGAACGUGCUGAGGAGAGGCCAUUUUAGCCACAGCCAAAGCCGGCGAGCCACCCGGCAGAGCGUUCAAAACAACAGUCUUGACCUUCUUUAGAUGCUUACCCGCGGCCUGUACUGCAUCUAGUGCAAGUACCUCCUCAACUUUCUUCUUCUUUUCCAGAAUGUCCUUAAGGUGGACAUCCAUGCUUGCUUCUUCCAGCAGAGAAUAGACCUUGUAGAGCCAAUCCCCGAAGCGAGGCAAGUCUUUGCUACUGCCCGAGAAUUCCUCGAGGCGAGUAGUGUUCUUAUCUUCGGCGCCCAUUUUGAAUCUACAAAAGAACGGUGAAGGAUUUAAUUAUUCAGGCUAUGCAAAUGCAAACUGGUGAGGCUAUAAAAAAUUUUAUGUUUUCCCUGAAGCUAAUGGCCUCUAAGGUAUAGAAUGUUAGAACACUGAAAACCGAGAAAACUAGACCCGCAGGGGAGUCAAGUUGGAAACAGUAUCCCCUUCACUAUACCUGCGAAGGUUGGAGCAAGUCCAUUCAGUUUGAUGAUUCUCAUGCAGUUUCAAAGUGUGCUUGUUCAUGUCAAUGAGUACCAAACUACUUGCCACGCUAGGGAUCUCGGUGCUGAUGUUCUCGAUCCCGAUAGUAUUCCACUCCUAUGGUGAUCAUCCUGAUGGUGAUCCCCUUGGUGUGGUCUUGUUGAUCUUUCUAUUGGUGUGAUUCUGAUCCUGUAACCAUUUGGGUUCACGAUCUUGGUGGACCUCUUGACUGAGAUCCUUGAGCCGUUUCACGUUGUUGAUCUAUCCACUAUCAUUCUGCCCAACAAUACUAUAGUAAAUACUUACUUGAUUUACUUUUGCCUAGUACUGCUUCAAGAAGAACAGAAGUCCGCAAUGAGAUGAGAAGUCUAGAACAGGAAUGUAGUAGAACAAAUGAGAUGCAAAGUGUAGGAACAAAUAAUAGAACAAUUUAUAUAUAGAACAAGAACGGAUGUAGGAUGGACUUGGAUGGAUCGACGGAUGGACCCCCCUAAAUCUUCUGGCCCUACUUCCUUGAAAUGACUAGCGGACCUGGGAAGUCCAUCCGUUCCAUCCGAUCCGUCCCAUCCUGAAUCCGCCAACCCUAUCAACAAACUGAAGAUGAUAAGUGUACUCGUGUAGAUCCUUGCCAAUGCCAAGUGUACAAACCGUCCUGUCUACGACGUCGUGAAGAUGGAAGAUCGUGCCACUCAUUGGAAAAUAAAAUGAACGAUAGAGAUGCAGUAGAUUUAGAUUAUUUAUACUUGUGCAUCGCCCUUCUAAUCACAGCGUUCGCAGUGCACAGAUCGAGUUUGACGAGACUUUGCGUUCCUUGACUUCGGCGACAGACGUGAAGUGUAACGCUACCGCGGCCCACCACUACCGCCGCGCGCUUCAGUUAAGACUCAUCUACUUCGUGAUAAUUUUAAUUCAUUUGCAAGCACUGAAGUAAAAUAGUUUCUUGAAUUCUAAGGCCAAUGAGAUCAUCAUCAUUUGCAAGCACUGAGACUGAGUUCUCCGCUUCACAACUCCUUCACCGUUAUAGAAGCAUUAUAUGAGAGGGCUUCUUGUUAUCCCUUCUUCGUAGUUCACGACAUGUAUGUAGAUAAUUACUUCAUCAAUUCUUCAUGAAUUGUCCUCGUAGCCGCGGUUACCUCUAAACCAUGAAGUAGCGGCAAAUGAGAAGGGGAUUAGACGACGCGUAGCCCAAUCAAGUGCAGCAGUGUUCGAGGAAGAAACGGCACUGACAGCCCCAAAGACCUUGGGCGAUCAUUUCUGUGAUGAUUAUGGCACUCCAUUGAAAUUUGAUUCAUCUGCUCGUCUCACGCGUCCUAUUUGUACCUGUGUCCGUUGAGAUAUAGAUAGAUCAUCUAGAGCAUUAUGUUUAUCCUAAGUUAGUCCCUCACUUUCAUCCUAAGUUAGUCUCCAUUUUUCAUUUCUUGCACCAGGGUGGGCAGCCUAGUUGUCGUGUACUAGUUAAUCUCAAUGUAAAAUAGGUCCUUUCGCAUGAGUAUCUUUAAGACGCAAUGUGGACGGAGACGAUGCAAAAAGCGGCUUUCAAUCCCGAGCAUCCGGGAAAGGAGACCAGAUUUCAACUGACUGUGGGAGAACGUGGUCAGCAACGCAGCGCUUACCUGGCCGAUUGCCAUAAACGUUUUUUGUCGGGUAUAGUUUCGCCGGAAAUCCUCGAGGCAAAAGCGCUUUCCGUGGGCGCGAAGAAGGCGUUUGAGCAGGCAGAAGCGAAAUACGCGGACCAAAUGCACAUGUUACCGGCGGAGGUCACCGACAGCGUAAACAUCAAACUGUUGAAGAACUACAAGAACCAGGCUCAGGAGAAGGGUCGUUUGUCGAAGACAAGUGGUGAGGAGCGUGAGAUGUCAGCAGCAUCAGGCAAGGGAUUCCGGCGAAAGAAUUUCCGUGAUACGACUAGGUGGAGCAGCCUCAUGCGACUGGAGGCGGAACGCAGUAAAAGAGCGCUACACCAGCGUGCUGGCGCGUUCGGGCGGAUGCUGAAGAAGAGCAAACAAAAGACGCAACCGCAACGACGUCGUCAAUCGAAGCGUGGAAGUGGUGAUCUUGCUGUCAAUUCUCGGACGAAAGCAAGCGGUGUCACCGCUGGCGCCGCUAGACGAGGACUGCAAGAGGGCUGCCGAGGGGUGAGCAUGUUCGGCGCUGGAGCAGUCAGUGAGUGUCAGGACUUCGCAGAGGCCGUCAUUCAAUACGUUGCUGACGGAGAUGCCAACGCAGCGGAGUACAUGAAAGCAGUGCUGCCGAACACCGCGGAUGCUCUCCGGGCAGAGGACGGGGAUGCUGCGAAGGCGCAGUGCAGCUGCUCCACGUUUCCGUGUCCUGAGCCGGCGCCCCCGACUAAGGCCUACUGCGAAAGGAAGAUGGACGAUUGGGCGGGAGGCGUCCCAGAAACAGCUGUGGACGCCUGGCUGCUAGCCCUCCAAGAGCAGAUCGAUAUGCAGGCAGCGGCGGGACCGCCGCCCGAGAGAGGCAUCGAGCCUUCGGAAGAUGAGAUGGCUGCGGCGCGGGGGUUCUACGAUAGCGUUUUGAUUCCUUGCCACGGACACCUGAUUGCGAAGAUCAAGACGGAGGCGACGGCGGCUGCGUACACCGCGACCGGUGCGGACAUUGACGAGUGCCUCCACGAGUUGAUCGCGGACUAUUCCGCAACCCUUGUCGUCGGCGGCAUCUCGAAGUACGAGUCUUCGGCGCCAGCCACCGAGGGCUGCAAACGGUUCCUCGAAACAUGGAACGACGACGAGAGCAGCAGCAUGUGCAAGCUUCGCCAGGUGAUCAGCGACGCUUUGCGCAGUUUUGCGCCUGACCCGGUUCUCGGCAUCCAGGGGACUCAGCAGGACACGCUGCAGUGCUGCGAGUAUGCGCGGUUCAUGGAGGCGAGCUUCGUCAUGGUGAGGCACAAGUUUGCGUUGUGUCCACGCGUCGUCGCAGACAGCACGUACGACUUCCAGGUACUUCACAACAUGACAGCCCUUUGCCGUGCCCCGGAGGCCAGUGCGGCGCACGACCCGUACGCGCUGGCGCAACCCAACGAGUUCUGCUUCGCGGGAAGCCGGCUGCGCUCUUUUGGCGAGGGAUUUGCGGAGUCGCGAGACCUUCUGCCGCAGAUGGCGUCAAAGACCUGCGCCGUGACCGCGAUUGGCCUGGCGCGCGACAAUCUGGGGAUCGAUGCGUUGGCCGCCACACCGAUCAUAGCAUCUUCAAAGCAAAUUUGGGACGACAUCGGCGGGGACGCAUGCUUGUGCAAUUCGCAUAUGUGCGCUGACGCGGAUCGUUCGAUCCUCACUGCCUUCGCCGAUAAGGCUUGUCGGACGAACUCUGCGCAACCCUUUGGCUAUCCUGAGCUUUGUCACGCGAAGUGCAAUUUCUGCGGCAGCUUCGAUACUCGCUCGGAGAGCGCGCCGUCUGCCUUCGAAGCGGCUCACAGUGCGGGCCUCGAUUCCGUGCCAGCGAAGCUGCUGCGCAUCGGCGGAUGCCGAGAGCGCACGAUCGGUCUCGUCACUGGAAAUGCCACGAUUGCAAAGGCGCCUGUUGGAGGCUGUUCAGAUGCGCAGUUCUGCGAGGCUUGGACGGAGUACGGCACUCAGUUGGCGAGCGGCGCAGCAUCUUCUCUGAUGAAUCAGCACCAACGUUGCUUCUGCGAUUUGCACUGUUCGAAGCUGGCCAAGGGCGUCACUGCCGGGUCCCCGUAUAUCGGAGUGCUGGAGAGUAUUUGUGGGAGUUUUGCAGCCUCCACGAGCACCGUCUGCGAUGCGGCGGGUCCCUGUGGCACAACCUACAAGCCCGCGCGCCUUUUGCCGCCACCGGAUGUCGUGUACGCGUCUGAUAGAGCAGCAGAUGAUGGCGGCAGAGGCGGCGAUGAGGAAUACUCGCAUGAUUUCUCCCAGGAUACGCGCCAUCCCGCGUGCAAAUCCUUUGGACAGUUCUUCUGGAAAUUGCAGCAGCAUUGUCCGGCAGGGGUCCCGAAAACCGCCAAGCAGCAGUAUCUGCUACGCGACCCCGCGCGGUCAGCCGCGGUGCCCGAUCCGGCGACCCACUGUCCAGAGGAGGAAGACUUCUGCGCCCUGAUUGAGUCGGAGGGCGCCAAUGUGCUAGACGGGGGUGCCACUCUCGCGCAGGUGUAUCAGCCAGCAGGCAUGGAUUACAUCUUGAAUGAUCCGUCAACCGAGUGUGGCUGGUUGUGCUGGGACUUCUGCGACGGCAUGUUGACGCAUGCCAUGAGUACCUACUCUCGCAUGUUUGGCCGAUGUGGCACUUCAGCUUCGAGGCGCGCGAGCUUCAAAUCUGUCACGGAUUACGUGUGUUCACGGUGCGCGAACGACCCGAACAGCGGCUCGAACUCGAACGGGUACCGUGCCCGCGAAUGGGACAGGAUGCUCAUUUUUGUCGCCUCGGGGGCUCGUGCGCAGUUCGAAGGGCCCGGAAUGGCGACGGUGACCUUGAACUCAACGGAGGAGUGGCACAUGAUGGACACGCACCCGAUCGAGAGUUGCUGGAGGAGCAUGCUGAACCCCUGGCACGGACACCAGGAGUCCUUCUCGCAUAUCCCCGGGUACCGCUGCACGGAGCAGUCUGCUUGUGCAAGUAUUUCGCGUGCCUACGCGACCUUCCCCGGAGUGUGGAACAUGUGGCCAGCACGAAUCGCCGCCACGGGACAGGCGACGACGCCGCCACCGCAAGCGGGCAGCGGGUGCGACGGUCUAAAAAGCGAUCUCGUUGCGCACACCACCUGCGUCUCCAUGGCGACCCAGGCCUUCGACGCCCAGGUGCUCGGCCUAGUGAAGCGCACGUUCACGGACCCGGCGAAGCACGACAAGCUCACGCGAAAGGACUGUGCGCCCGAAGCUGCCAGCGGGGCUGCAGCGGUCCCAACCGCCGCAGAAUCUUCGACCGUUGCGGAGACCACAACUGUGGCUCUCGACGCGGAGUGUUUCAACACUUACGAUGAGUGCGGUGACAUGUACAACGUCUGCGUCGCAGCGGAAAAAAACGGCGGGACGCCGUGCAUCGACAGCGGGAGCAUGAUGGAUGCAGCCUCUUUCCAGGAAGGCUGUGAUAAAUUCUUUUCGCAGUUGCAGCUCGUACCAGCAGGACAGCAGCGAGCGACACUCAUCUCUCGCCUCCUCGAGCAAUUCGACAUGGGGCGUCCAAGCGAGGACCAGGGCGGAGGUGAUGAGCACCACGACCAUUAUGAUGAGGACGCGGUUAUUGAAUGGCACAUGGGGUGCGAGGUCAAGUGCAAGGGUUGGUUUCACGAGUUCAGCGGCGGAUUUGAAGCCGCGUGCAGAGCGGAGGACAAAGCGCGCGUGCAGGCAUUCGAAGCCUACUGCAUGAACAGCUGUCCGGACUUCCUGCCUCCGAGUUGUGGCGAGCGCCUGGAAAACAUUUUCCGCGGGGAUCGGCGCGCGGACUGCUACGAGGCUCUCACGGGUUUCUCGGCGCAGCAUCACGAGCGCCCUGUGAAGGGAUUUUGUGGCAUCAAGAGUCCGCAGUUGCUGUACAACGACAAGACGAAGGAGGCCUGCCGCGCGGACGUGAACGACCCCAGCACGGAUCCGGUCUGUACCAGCGUCGUGCCGCUUCUGUCGAACGUCUGCUCAGCCGCGAAUACGAACGACGCCGCCUUCGGCGAGUACGCCAUCAAGCGGGCUGCCUACGAACACGAAUCGAUCAACGACGAGGGCCAUCGCCGCUGGAUGCGCCGCAAGCACAUGCCGGACCUGUGUUGCCAUAUUGGGAACGUUACCGCCCUGAGCGAGUACUGCAAUGAUGCGAGCAUUGUCUCGACGUAUAUGGCGGCGUGUCCCUUCAACUGCACGCGCGGGCUCCAAGAGAGCCGUGUCGUGACGCAAACCACCGACCCUGGCGCGUACGCUGCGGAACUCGCGAAGCAGAAGGCCGAUUUCGACCGGGAGAUCACUUGGGGCUGGCGCCACAUGCACGACCAGUUCUGGCCGUCGCCGAUGUACAGCAUCUACGCGGACGACGUGUGCGAGGACUGUCACGAUAGUUGCCACCGCUGCAAGUCGGACUUGAAUGAGGAAGUGUGUCGCCUGCGGUGCGAGGAGCGAUUCUGCGGUCACGGCGGCGAGAAGUGGCAGUGGAUGCUGUACGAGGGCAUGAACUGCAAUCGCAAGAACGAAAUCUUGGAGCAAAUGAGUCAGUCGCGGAUGACGCGGUCGUUCAUCUUUACGGCGCGCGAGGUGAUCACCGGUUGUACGCACCAUCUCCGCAACUGGUUUUAAGGCUUAAGUACCCUUAAUAAAAAUCCAUCUUGCUUCUGAGGCAUGAUCCUAAAGAGGCUUGUUUUCAAGGGGGAAAAGCAUCGCGAAUGCGCCUCAAGAUGCAUUUGAGGGUGAGCUCUAAUGCUUGGUGUACGAGGAUCAGCCGCAGAGCUUCACGACUUCCGAAUGCGAGGAAGAGGACUACGUCUGCCCGGAUCGAGAGUGGUGGAACUGCCGUCCUAACCGUGCGUUCUUCCGGGAUCCCUGCUGCAACCACGAGCUGCGGCGCUUCCAGUGCUGCGCACCCCGCGUGCUCUCGUUUACGCGUCGCGUCCCCACGAAGGUUCAUGCGAAUCGCGUGGGUGGCUACGUGUACGCGAAACACAAGCAGGAGGACCAAGAACAGCGGCGUCUGCGCGGACGCAUGCUCUUCAUGUCGAAGUCAGAGCGUGAGGCCGUCAUCGAUCAGAAAAAGGCUGCGAUGCGGCGACACCUGAAGCAGCAGGAAGCAGCACCUACAAAGGUUGAGAGGGCAGCUUCACCACCUGCUGUGUACACCGGUAGCGGCGCGCUCGACGCUUCUAGCACCGAUGUUGAUGCGAGGAAGGACGCACCAUCAACUCUGAAGACGGCGAACAAGCACCGCGUGCUGCAGAUUAGCGACUUGCAGUUGGCUCAGUUGACCAACGUGGCGCUGGCCGCAGUGAACACCUACGUUGAGCAAGAGACCCUCGCGGCCCGAUCUUGCUUUGCCAGUUUCGAUAACUUCAUGAAAUCGGUAACAAAGGACGACUUGAUGCACACUUGCUGGAACGCGGUGCACGGAGAGUGGAACGACUACGCGGGAACCUCUUUCGGUGACGUUUGCUCUUCCAACAAUGACUGCUAUACUUAAGGCUCCUCCCUCAGGUAAUCCAUCCUCUUCAGAAGCAUCGUGAAGACUUCAUCCUCUAAGGGGAAAGUAAGGGCAGGAUGACUUUUUUUCAAGAUGGAUUCCGGGACGAAGCUUUAAUAUACCGGAAGCUGCGUGACGGUGCCAUCCGAUUCUUCGAGUGGCGGAAGCGGAGGUGGCUCCUCAGCAACGAGUACGGACCGCUGUGCCACGCCUCUGGAUCUGCCGGGAAAAGACUUCAUCAUCCCUGUGCUGCGCUGCCUGUUUCGGCUGGGCGUGGCGAGUGGCGAGGAGCAGCGCGCGGUGAAGUCGAUUUUUCUGCGUGACAUGCUUGAGCUCACCCCGGUGGCGGGCCAGGGCAUCAACUCCAUCACGGAUGCGCAGAUUCGUGCGCGCGCGAUCCAAAAGUAUGCGCAGAACGACACGUCCGCAAGCUCUACUCCUGGGAUGCACGUGGCGCACUAUGAGGCCCCGAUCGAAAGCAAGUGCAUGGGGAAUCACGAGGCGCACAACAAGAAAACGGAGGCCACCUGCGUCGCGCAGAAGACUUGCAACUGGUUCAGCGAGGCGCCCAGCGGCAUCGGGUGCACGAACCCCUGCCACGCGGGUCUGUCGGACACCUCGAACAUCACAAGCUGCGGCAAUUACUGCAAGAACCCCACGGUGCGUGGCAAGGAGCGCAACGACGUGAGCAUUUUUCCGACGUGCUACUCCGCCAUCACGGCGCGCUCGGACGAGCAGCUGCGCAGCACGUACCAUCAGUGCCACGAAACUCGGCAUCGCGCUUCCGAGCAGUGCCGACAGCACUGCGACACGUGUCGUCACCACGACCAGGACACCAAGAUGGAGGACUGCCGCCGCGAAAUCCGCACCGCUAACGGGUGGCAUGAGCACGAGCACGUGGAGUGGGACCUGGUCUGGGACUGCCUGAACACCAAGUGCACGUACCAGUACACAAUGCCAGGCACCACGACCACGGUGGGCAUCCACUGCGACCGCUGUUGGGAGGAGAACGAGUGGCUCACGGCGGGCUACGACUGCAUGGGCCAGGUGCUCGCACGGUGCAAGCAGCUCGAUCCCGAAGUGGAUCAGAUCGAAAAGAGCGGCUGGGACAAUUUUCGGUGUAAGAUCGGUGCGAAGAGUUACUCCGCAGACAAGCAGACGGCUUGCGAGGGCGUUACCGGAUGCCAAUCUGCGACCGGGCCUCAGCCGGCCCCCGCGAGCCAGUGCUUCGGCGUGCUCAAGCCAAAACACGCUAGCCAUGAAACGUGCCAUAGCCUUGCCGAAGGCCACGUCGAACCUGUCUACCCUGCGAGCAACCCACUGGAGAUGUUCCACAGCGGCCGACACUAUGACAAGCCGCCCAAGUACUGCCACAUCAAGAGCUACCAAGCGGAGGUUCUUGUCGGCGGCACGUACAAGCCCUUCUUGCGUCCACCGCCGUUCGGGUUCACCUGUCCGCAGUAUUGCGAGAACUUCGUGCACAAGCGCAGGCACUGUGACUGGAAAGUCCAAGAAUCCUGCCGCGACAACUUCCGGGACCUCAAGAAUCUGCGGGUCUUCGUCGGAACGCGCGGCUCCGACAGCGAGGCCAAGACGGACCAAAAUAGCCGUCGACUGGAGGAUCUAUUCAACGAGUGCACCUGGCGCGACUGCUCGCAGAUUACCGGUUGCACGCGUCACUACGAGAAGCGGCGCUUGUGCGCGCAGGAGAUUUUGCAGACCUACAAAGAUUAUGUUGUUGACGAGUGUAGGGAAUUCAUCUCCAAAGUCUUCAUCUGGAAGGAAACAACUACAAGAUGAAAACGAGACUCAGAUGAUUACUGGGACGAUGAGUUUCCACCAAUUUCAACAUCUACACUCACCUCUAAAAAGAUCAAGUCUCCAACGGCGAAGCGCACCCCUUCGAAGACAGCGACUGCUUCUCCUGCCACGAGUGGGAGUGGAUUGAGUGGGACGACUUCCGCAUCCGCAUUUUCAAGCAUCCGGAGUUGCCGGACGAGUGUCGGUGGCAGGAGGGCCCGACGGUGCCUGGCAACUUCUCGCAACCCUGUGCGGAGGAGUGCCACCAUUACGAGUGCGAGGAGAGUUUCCGCAUGUGCCAAUUUCUGAAUCCGAGUAUGACCAAGAUGGCGUGUCAGACGCAGGUCCGCGAAAUGAACCAGUGCCGACAGUGUACCUUCAUUUACGGCUAGUACAACCGACGUAGUUGAUGAAGCAUCCUCAACAUCAUGAUCCUUCGCUCUUUUUCCCCUUGAAAAAGGCGCCAAGAAUGCUCCCAAGGCCAAAAACGCCAACAAUCUACAUCAAGCUACCGUAUUCGAAAACUCAAAAUAAGCGGGCUACUGACUGAAAUAAGAGAGUCUUGACUACGUUCCUCCUCUUUCAGUAUCUCCCUUAUUUUCAAUAGUUACUCGGUUAUUUCAGUAGUUUUACGAAUAGGUCUAAUUCGUCCGGUGCGACGAGCGCUGCAAGAACGAGUGCAACGACGUAGACCACUUCCACGGAUGGACAGAGCCCUCCGAGGCCUGCAGUGGCUGCGAUAGCACGCAGGCUGCCACCUUCAAAUGCAAUCCCACAGCAACGUGCUACGAGGACCGCGCUUGUUGUUACGGCCGCGAAAGAAAUAUUUAAUACAUUGAAAUUAACUAAUAAUAAAGAUUAUAACUAAUCCUCCACUAUCGUCUAGACCAACAACAGCAAUAUAGUUGAUAAACAUGAUCUCCGUUCCAGUUCUAGUAGGUCAAGUUCUUCUGGACGAGGUCCUGGUGUUGAAUCAACUCGUGCAAUUCUAAGUCUGCAACUAAUUGCUCUAUCAUGUCUGAUGAUCUCACUCAUUGUAGUACUAGUUCGUGGAGGUUGAUUCAUCUUUCAUCUACUUGUUAGAUGACUACAUAAAAAGUAAAAGCAUCAUAGUUAGUGAUUCCACUGAGUUAUCUUCCUUAUUUUCCUUAACUCGAACAAAUGAAAUUAGUACUUAUACAAGGUACAGGUAGUACUUCUUCGACCACACGGUGCUGGCAGGUGGCUGCACCUCACGCGAAAUGGUUUUUGAAUCCUGGCUCUUCUAAUGUUGGGGAGAAGCACCACGAUUCGCAGGCGGCUGCUCCCGCGCUUGCGAAGAGUUCGUCGAGAAGUGCCGCCACGAUAAGAUGUCGCCUUGCUGGAAUCAAAAGACGCUGGCGGGAGACACGGAAGGGAAGUGGGCCCACGAUUCGCUCGAGCAUCACUGUCACCAAGCUUGGCACCAGACGCCGAUGUCGCGGGUCUUCCACGAGUUGCGCGAUAGCUACGCGCGCCACGACUACAACGUGCCGAUUGCGUGGCCGGAUCGCUAUUGGGAAGCCAAGGACUCGGUGCGUGCGCAGCUGUCGCGCAGCGUCGUGCAGGAGUAUUGGGCCUUAUUCGCGGAGCCGAACAAGGACACGCAAGUGCCGGAGUUCAGCUUCUGUGGGAACCAUGGCCCCAUGAAGUUCUCGCAAGCGGCGUGCAACGAGCAUCCCUGCUGCAUGUGGGACGGCCACUACUGGGAGCACAACAAGUGCACGCAGCGCAAGGGCGUGACUUUGGGAACGUGCCGCGAGAAGAUCGUGAAGCUGGUAGACAUGGUAGGUCGGGAGGGCUAUCCGCUUGGCGAGGCAUUCAAAGGCUUCAACCCGAGCAACGGGCAGUGCUGGCUCUGCCAUGGGGAGUGGAACGGCCACAUGCCGAUCGACGCGCCAACCCCGUGGUCUGGAGUGGAGACCGCACACUCGCAGUGUCUCGCAGACGCUUCUGCGAAAAGCAGCGCUUGUUCCGUCUGCGAGGUGGGCUGCGACCGCGAUUGCGAGUACGAGAUGCGGCAGGAUAUGGACUGCCGUCACGCGGAGAUCACCGGUCUGCCUUCAGGUCACAGUCGAUGGCAUAAGCUCUGCCGCAAGAGCUACACGGCAGCUGAGACCGCGCUCCGCGCCUCGCGGACCGGCUGCAGCACUUGCCAGAUGCUGCGCUGCGAACACGAGUGCAGCAAGCCGUGCGGCGAGGUGCACAGCUGGAAUUGGCAGGAGCAUGUCCGCGCCUGCGGCCGUUGUGUCCAAGGCAGCUUCAUCCCGCGGACGAAGAUCCUGCCGCAGUGCUACCCCGGCGCAAACUGCUGGGCGGGCGACGAGAUGGUCUGGGACGGCGUCACGUGGCCAACCACACUCCCGGUUCGCAAUGCGUGCUUCCCCGCGCACUCACAUAGCCGUCAGCUGGCCGAGCUCGAGGAAAACUCACCGGAACGUCUCGCCACCUUGGAAGCCAAGGAACUCGACAAUCUCGACAUUGAAGAUCAUGUUGAGCAGGGUACCGAUUUCGAUAUCGAUUCGGAGGAAGAAGCGAACGAGGUCGCUAAGAACUUGGAUUCGCUGGCCAGUAGGCCCUUGGGGAUCAGUGACCGAAAAGCGUACUUCUCGAUCAAGAGUGAGUUCGAGCAUUUGCGACGGCUCUCGCGUGACUUGGAUGAGGAGCUUUCCUUUCACGAGUGGUUGCUCCGCAGUCUAAGCAAGAAGGCGUCAGAGCUGUACCGUGCCAAGGAGCCGCUUUACGCGAAAGCCGCGCAAGCAGUUCAACGCAGGCUUUCGCAAAACAAGUUUCCUGGAACGAGCGCGAAGUCAAGCAAGAAGUUGAUGCAAAAGACUGGCAAUGGACGCAAGAACAAUAAGGACCUCGUCAAACAUGCGCUGGCGAGCACGAUUAUGGACGAGAAGAAACCGAUUGGUCGAUUUCUGAUGACCGAUCCCACCGUGCAGAGUUUGCAGGGCCACCGUCCUGCCGGAUUCGGUCGCUCGCUGCUGCAGACGCUUGCUGAUAAGAAGCAGCACGAGCGCAGCGGACGGGAACGGCAGUACUACUUUUAAGGGUACUUACAAGAAAUCCAUCUUCCCUGUCAUCUUGGUCCCGUUUUUAAAGGGAAAAGGAGACCCAAGACGCUGCUGCGGAUGGAUUUCCAUUAGUUCUAAUACUUCUACCACCAACUGCUUCCUUCUGCGCAGAAGAGCGAGAUGAUAGGCCUUGUCGUGUCCUCGUCCUCCAAUGCGGCGACCAAGACCUCACUCAAGGCUGGUGCGGCCGAGGCCGCCGAUGGCGCGGCUAUGCGCCGCCUGUUGCAGAAGGCGGACUCCAGCGAGCUGCUGCACGGCCCUUCGCUGCUGCGCAGAGUGCUCACUAGCGAGGCGGACCGAGCGGCGCUGGACAAAGCCAACAAGGAGUUGCUGGAAGUCCUUCUCAUCCGCAAUGAAAUUUUGAGUUCCCGCGAACUGAACGCACUGGAAGAGGAUCUCGAACGGCGUCGCUUGGUUCGACACGAGGGUGCGGAAAUCCUUCGGGUGAUCGAAGAGUUGGACGUGCGAGCUGGUGUCGACCCUUUCAAGACGAUUGGCGGCGCCAUGUUCAGCCGCAAAGGCAACCGCGUCUUGCAAGCUAAGGCUGACUACGCUGCCCUGAAGGUGGAGCAAAGCAGUGUACAACGCCGUCUGGAUGUCGACUUGAAGCGACGUGCGUUAGCAGCCGAUAAAAAUCUGCGUCGCUGCGUGCGCGCACGCGCCAUGCUGCGGCGUCGAGCUCUCGCGUCCUCGGCUCCGUCGCUCCUGUCUUCGUCAAAGAUGUUCUUGAACAGCAAGAAUGCAGCUGGAGGUCGCGCUGAUGUGCUCGAUACAACUGAAGCGGACUUGCUUGCGGCGUUUGAUCUGGAAACAGACCUCUUCCCGCUUUCAAUGGAUGAUCGUGUCGUGCUGCCUUCAACAGCAGGUGGUGAAGCGGAUGCGGAUGCCAAGACUGGUAAGGGACGCGCCCUGCAGGUGGUCGGCGAGCUGAUUCGCAAAGACCUGGAAUGUUCCACAGGCAGCUGCGCCGCGCAGUCCGAGAUGUGCACGAAAUUUUUCGUGCGCACAGACGCCACCAAGCACAAGGUCGACGCCGUGAUUGAUUCCUGGUCUUGGGGUGCUGCACCGUGGGAGGACGCCGACAAGAUUUGCGACAUGUACGAAGGUCGUUGCUACAUCACCAAGAGCCAGAUGAAGACGCUCUUUGUCGCGUCCAACCGGACCGACCUCUUUGGCCACGACUGCUGGUGGCACACGCAUCACAAUGGCGGCCAGUGUAAUGAGGACUGCAGUGGCUGCUCGACAGGCGACCGCAGCAAGUGCGGACACUGUUGCCAAUGCAAUUUCAUGCCUGUCGAGCACAUCACCCAGGCAGCCGAAACGCGCGAUGGAAAGCAAUGGUAAAUAUUUACAUUGUCAAUUUGAUACAGGAAUAGAGACGAAAGUCGUGAUCUGCUUACUUAGUUCUAGAUCUUGAUGAGAAUUUCGAUUUCCUUGAACUAGAACUAGAACAACUCUACUGUCCUCCACAGCACGAAUAGGAUCUCGAUGCGUGAGAAAACGGAAUUAUCUAUAUAUAAAAUCAUGUCCUCCUACUUCCUCCUUUACCGUUCUCCCCUUCUCCAAAAAUUAGGAAAUGUUCGGGUGUAUUAGAUUAGUGUUAGUUAUGGACCUAAUAAAGAUUAACUCAAAAUCCACUAUCGUCUAGAACAACUGCACUAUAAAAUCAUGGUCAUCUAGCUCGUCAUCUUGUUUUACUAUCUAGCAGAAGAAAUACAAGUAGCUCGUAGUAAUUGCAACAGGUACUGCUGGAAGAUGAUGGAACUGUUCCGCGACCAAAGGGAUCGCUUGGGUCAGCAGAUCUACGGUCUCAACGAGCACAACCGCAUGAGACGGCAUUGGCACCACCACGCGCACGAAUCCGAUGAGAUCUGGAUGCACUUCGAGUGGGACAGCAAGUUGAAGAACGUUAAGGGCUCACUCAAUUCAUUCUUUACUUGAUCUGACUGUUUCUGUGAGCUGCUUUGAAGUACUUAGGAAAAGGCAGACAGAUGAGGGAAAAGAUGGAUUGUAGUGAUUUCUAAGAACCGUGAGGGUGGCUGCAUUCAGCACGAUGCCGACUGGGUGUACGACAUCAACCUGCCAGCGCAAUGCUACCCGCCGUCGAACCACGACUGGAGCAACUAUGACCACGCGUACUGUUCAGGACUGCGCAUGCGCGACUCACGACAGUGUUUCUAUUUGUGGGACGUGGACGGCAACCAAACCCGGAUGGGCUACUAUUAAGGCUUCCGCAAAUUCAUCUUAGAUAGAAGUUUAAGAGGCAUGGGCAUCUUUGACACGUUUUCGUUUUCAAAGGAGAAAAUGGUCAAGAUGAAAGAAGAUGCUCUCCAGGAUAAUAGAAUACAAGGAUAAUAGAUAGAAUAUGGGGAACAAGCUCUAAUUCUACGCGAAGGAGCGCGACUGGAACAGCGGUAUGCUCGCCACUCAGUCGGACUGCGAGGCCGAAAGUUGCUACCCCGAUUUCUGGAUCACUGACCAGACCAGCUGCAACGAUCUAAGUUACUGCCGCGACGGUGGCUGCAAGAAGUGCCGCUCGCACGACUGGCAUGAUCGCUCGAAAACCCAAGAGCGUCAGGUGUGCGUGGCCAAGGGCCGCGUGUGCACACCGGGGGCCACCGCGGCCGACCCGGAGACUUGCGAGGAGAACGCGAGAAUCGAAACGCCCACGACGUGCGCCACGAUUGGGGGACAGUUUGUUGCGCUGGAUCGUACGGGUCAGCGCGGCGUGUGUGUGAUGACGCCGCCGGCGGGCACGGGCGGAGGCAAUGUGGGUGCACAGUGUGCGACACUAAUGGCCGCUUCGACUGCUAUCACCUACAACACGAGUUCAUACACGGCGCAAAACGCAACAGCGCCAACGUUCUACUACGACACACUGGACUGUGCCGCGUUCUCACCACGUGACUGCGAGCAGGCGAGCAGAAGCGCUGCGCUGCAGACCAUGGGCUGUCAUCUAGAGCACUGGGCCGAGUGUGAAACACGGGAGGAGUGCGACAGCUCCGGGGAGUGCGAGGCGCACUUUGACGAGGGAUGGGACCUGAUGCACAUGGCCGGCCACGAAGACGGCGGAUUCUGCACACUGCCUUUGCCCUAUGCGCUGGAGGACUUCCCCAUUGGCUGGCAUCACGAUCCACACAUGCACAUGCCAGGAGGUGACGUUAAGGCUUCCCUUAAUCCAUCUCGAUACAUAGAGUUAGAGAUUCGGCAACAUGAUUCAGUAUGCAUCGUCCCAAUAGAUACAAGGGAGAUAGUGGGGCAUACUCUUGCCGGAUUCCUAUAAUAGGGAUGAAAAAUUGGGGGAAGCUCUAAUGAGGAAGACGGCACCACGGAGACCACGACAUCGACCGAGUCCCCAUGGAAGAUCGACAUCCACAACUGGGACGAUCGCCGAAGGCGGUUGUGCCAGCGCAUUGCGCCGAUCGGCUACGUCACGGCGGCCUCCGAAUGGGGCUGUCUCGUGGUAAUGGCCACUGUCGACAACCCUAGUGCGCCGAUCCCUCCCGGCGCGUCGAGCGUGGAUAUCGCCGCGGAAUUUGCCGUCAAGCAGCUCGCCCAAGCCAGUAACUACUUCUCAGGCAGCAUGCCCUCUCACAGCUGGAACGCAACGGCCUUCAACUAUUUCCUGUCCUCGGGCUACGAGCAGCAGCACUCGAGUUGGCCGCACCCUCGCAAAUACCGACUGCCCUUCAACGAGGAGAUUACUCUGCGCCCGCGCAGCGGCAUGACGGCUGGGAACUGCACCUUGAUUGGUGGAAAGUGGAUAGAGCGCGCGUUCGAUCGCGCGGGCUGUCAGAUGGCUGGCGCGCUCUUUGGUGCGAAGUCUUCGGGCGGCAUUUCCGGCGUGACACAGGACUGGCUUGAGACCUACACACGCAACGUGACGCAGCGAACUAGUGUGCUUGGUGAAACAACGCCAGCGCCCGUUGUCAUCGAUACGUCUGGUGCCACCACGACGGCGGCGCCGGCACCUAUGAUGGGCACAGCCACAGCGGGGGCUUCUAACGGCGACAACAUCGCGCUGGUCGCACGACCGGUCGAUGCGAAGGUCCUGGCUGCCGCCGCGUCCGGAGUGUCGCUGUACGACGAAGGCACUUUCGCCUGUUGUGCCGAAUACUCGAUGUGGGGCUCCCAGAUUCACUGCCACCAGUGGAGCAAGGACGACAAGGCCACAUGCGAGAGUUGCGGCAACCGCUGGAUGUUAAGGCUUGAUACAAUUGCAACUACUCCAACUGGUUCUACCAACUUCUUACUCUUAUUUUCUUCUCACUGUUUUCCUUUUGGUGGAAUUUUUGAUUCUGAAGAAAUGAAAUGAAAUGAAGAAGGGAACAAGAAAUCAAAUGUAGUAAAUGAAUUGUUCUUUUGAGCUAUGCCCUAAGGAUGAGCGUGAGUCGUUGGAAUUCGUGGUCUCAGUGGAUCCGCAACACGUGGACGUCGGUGUACACAUGGCAAAUGCGUGUCGAAGGGAGCCAGAACAACUGGGUGCUGGUGCCGAACGAGUGGCGAUUCUGGGAGAUGUUCCAGAACGUGAUCACAGAAGCGACCUUCCACCCGCAGCGAAACUUCAUCCGCUGCCGCGGUUCCCCCUCGCUCGCAUGUCUCGAGGGACUGACGAAUGCAACGAAGCCGCAAGUGAAACUGGGCAAUGUCGAAUUCGGAGACACAGCCGUCACGAAAAUGGGUGACUACGAUCUCACGUUGAAGACCUCGUCGUCGUCAGGCUCAGCUGCAACAACCACCCGGCAGCUUGAAGUUGAAGAAAGCAUGAUUUUUAGCGAAGAUGAAGAACGUCCUCGUCUGUUGACUACGCAGGCUGCACAGACCGCGGACUCGCCGGCGCUUUCCAUCUCCGUCAAAACUGCAAAGUCAGUCGCAGUUGAUGCUUACAUCGCUCCACAAGGCAGCACUGGUGGUACCCAGAGUGGCAGCACAUCAGGCGGAAACGUGUUUGGCACUGGGUGUUUUUCGGUCGUAAAAGAGGCAACGCGCGUCAUUGGACAACUUGUGGGUGACUGCCUGUCCUUCAGCCUUCCCGGCACUGGCUCCUCAGCACAGGCUAAUGUGUGUCUCACUAUGAGCACGGAAAUCCUGCAGCAAAGUCUGAAUAGCGACUUUGGUCAGUACGACUUUGGCCAACUCGUGACGCCCACCACGGCUGGUAUUAAGGCUUCCCCUAAAAAUCCGUCUCUGUGUAUAGACAUCCCGCAAGAGGAUCAUGCACCCCCAUACAAGGGAGAAGAUCAUAUCUAUGUGGCACUUUCCUCCAACGUUUCUGCAUCUUCGAAUUAGUUGCCUACUGUUGCUAACUGGUGCACUUCCUUCCUUAGUCGUUUGCUCGCGUUGAUGGGCUAGAAACUUGCUGCUGCUGUUGUUGGUGUUGUUGGCGUUCUGUGUCUUACAAGAUGGGCCUACUCCUAUCAUCACUUGACUCAGGGGCCUUCUCGUUUUCCUCUCUCCCAAAUAGAGCCGUCAGGGGUCCAAGCGGGCCACCUCUUCUUCUUGCGCCUCUAUCUGUUCGACAGUGCGAAAUCGAGACUGGGGCUGCGGCCAAUCUUGACCUCCCAGUGUGGAAUCAUGACUCGGGCGGCGGCCAAUGAUCUUGAUUCCACAGCGCGGAAGCAAGACCCGGGCUGCGGCUAAUCUUGAUUUCGCAGUGCGAAAUCAAGACUCGGGCUGCGGCUAAUCUUGGUUUCGCAGUGCGGAGUCAAGACUUUUCGUAGAUCUUUGCCGACUACGACAAAUCUUGAUUACGCACGGCGUAAUCAAGGUUUUUCGUAGAUGCGAAAAAUCGUUUUCAUCUUACGAAGAUUUGUCGCAUCUACGACAAGUCACGUCUCCACCACAGUGGAAGCAGGUUUUCGGGGGGUCGGCCAAGAUCUACGACAAAUCUUGACUCCGCACUGCGGAAUCAAGAUUUUUGAUUUUUCGUAGCCGGCCAAGAUCUGCGACAAAUCUUGAUUCCGCAGUGCGGAAUCUUGAUUACGCGCGGCGUAAUCAAGAUUUGUCGCAGAUGCGACAAAUCUUCGUAAGAUGAAAAAGAUUGGUCGCAUCUACGACACAUCCUGUUUCCACCAGGUUUUUGGGGGGUCGGCCAAGAUCUACGACAAAUCUUGAUUCCGCACUGCGGAAUCAAGAUUUGUCGCAGCCGGCCAAGAUCUGCGACAAAUCUUGAUUCCGCAGUGCGGAAUCAAGAUUUGUCGUAGAUCUUGGCCGACCCCUCAAAAACCUGUUUCCACUGUGGUGGAAACAGGAUCUGUCGUAGAUGCGACAAAUCUUCGUAGGAUGAAAAAGACUUGUCGCAUCUACGACAAAUCCUGUUUCCACCACAGUGGAAACAGGUUUUUGGGGGGUCGGCCAAGAUCUACGACAAAUCUUGACUCCGCACUGCGGAAUCAAGAUUUCUCGUAGCCGGCCAAGAUCUGCGACAAAUCCUGACUUCGCAGCCCGAAUCUUGAUUACGCACGGCGUAAUCAAGAUUCGUCGUAGAUGCGAAAACUCUUUUUCAUCUUAUGAAGAUUUGCCGCAUCUACGACAAAUCACGUUUCCACCACUGUGGAAACGGGAUUUGUAGCAGUUCUGCCAAACCUACGACAAAUCUUGACUUCACAGUGCGGAAUCAAGAUUCGAGCUGCGGCUAGUCUCGAUUUCGCAGCGCGAAAUCAAGACUCGGGGGGGCUGCGGCUGAUCUGUCGUAGAUUUUGGCCGAUCUUGCAAAAACCUGCGUUACGCGGUGCGACCCACGAGCCGCCUCUGGUGCAGAAAAUAAAAAAUCAGUUCCUGGUGCAUAUUUUUCGCUCUGAUAAAGGUAAGCACCGACAGAAUGGACUUUACGGAUUUCAUUCGUCUCAAAAAUAAACCUAGAAGGAAAGCUCCACUCUGUCGCUGCUUAUCGUUAGCCGAAUGUUAGCCCUAGCCGACAGCGAACGCUGCUAGUUGAAAUGGAUAGACGCCGACCGGUCGCAUGGCUCGCGUUGUUGUUCCUCUUUUUGCGUUUUCGUUGUUGGGCCAGGCGGUGGCGGAUGCUCUCCCGGACUCAUGUCGUCGAUAGAAUAACACACAGCACCAUAUUAACACUAAGCAACUUUUUCGGACCUGUUAGAUUUGGUUGGCAAAGUGCCACUAAGAUAUUGAAGCAUAAUAUCCUUGCGGGAUCCCUACGGGGAUGAAAUAGGGGAGGCUCUAAUGGUAGCGUACCCUUCGUUGCUCCGUCGCAAACGUCCGUUGUUGAGACGAUCAGCAGCAAUGGUGUAAAGCGCAUCUGUGGUGACAUCUCUCUAUCAGCAUCCGCAACGUUCUGUCCUAUCAAGCGGCUCGCCAAUUACCAACAGACGACGGACAGCGCUUCUUCUACCUGCUCGAAUAUUGCGGAGCUACAGGCUCUGGUGAAGACCGAAGUCGACACUCGUGCUAGCAGCACCAGCAGCAACUUCGACAUGUUUGGUAAUCCUAUCGUGCAAGAAUUUGGCGGCAGCAGCUUUGGCUCUUCCGCAAGCAUGAUCACGAAUAUCGCGGACUUUGAGGCGGGCGUCACCGCGACUUCAGUUAAGGCUAGAGAUAAUUCAUCUUUGAGAGCAUCCUUGAAACGUAUGGGGGAGUAUUACAACGAGGGAAAACUCCCCCACACUUUUCCAGGAUGCACUUGCCAGGUGAAUCUCGGACAGUUCUAAUUCGGCGGCGGGAACGGGCUCCAGCGGAUCCACUGCGGUGUCUACGAGCAGCGCUGUCCUGGGGGGAUUUGGCUCUGGAGGGGCCUCCGGGUCCGGAGCCAAUGCCGAUAGCGCAUCGCUAAGUUUAUGGCUACUUCUGUCAACAGAAGUUGAAAUACUUGCUGUCCUACAGUCGCGUAUGAGUCGUAAUCUUCAUUCUCAUGCUUCCCAUCUUCUAAUGAAAGCAGACAUCGCAGCUCUCCAGUCUGGUGCGGCGGUCGAAAAGGUAUACGUGAAAUCUGCACUCAAUGUUGCGGCAAAAGUCUCUCCCAACUGCGACAGCAGCGAAAAGGUGAUGUCCACGGAACCUGAAUGCGUAGCGUUCAGGACCGCUCUCACUCAAGGAAUCAUCGACGGUUUGACCGCAGUCUCUGCAGGAGCAGGAAACAAUGCUGUCGAAAUCACGGGGAUCGCGGUACAACUACGCGUGAUAAUACUACACUACAUACCAACAUGGAAGAUACAUACUUACAAUACAUAGAUUUAGAUAGUACCAACUACAUCAAGUAGACAAACUUUUUCUACAUGUACAUCGUCUUGAUGAUGUGCAUAGAUCAUCAUUUUCCUCGACCAUGUCUGAAGUAUCUCAUCUAGAAGCCUCUUCCUAAAAACGCAACAAAAAAAUCUCAGUUCCUUGCUUCAUCUCGGCGAUUACAAUCGAGCGAUACGGAGACGAGGGAUGUAAGCAUGAUAAGUAGAAUAAUUUGAGUCAGAGUCGUCGAACGAGUACGAGGAGUCCAAAACCAAAUCACAUAGAAGCCUGAAGAUAGCUUUUCAACAUUUCAACAUCAGGAGAUGCUCGUAUCCGUAGCAACAAUUAUGAGAAGAAGAUCUUCGUAGUAGAUAAUCCUAUAAUUUUACGUCGCCAACGACAGAACAAGCGUUGACGACGUCGAGGUCGUACUAGAUUCGCGGUUGAUAAUGGAAUCAGGAUUCGUUCGUUGUUUUUACUUCUCUUUCGUCUCGACGUCCUCGCGCCCGGAUUCGCUUCUCUCCCUCUUCCUCUCUCUCUCCUGUCUCUAUUCGUCCACUCUGUUUGUAAGUACCAUCCUACCAAAUUAUAUGCCAAGAACGUGAAUUUUGCUUUAUCUUUGAUAUGGUAUAUAUAAUUAUACUUACAUAGAUACAUAUUACAAUUAAUUUGGUGAACAAGCAGCCAGGACAACUACCUUCAACACUGCGCUCACAACCUUCAACACUGAUUAUUCCUCACAUUGUCCAGGUGAGGCUCACCGGUGCAUCUUCGGGAGGCUCGAGCCGUCGCCGGCUGUCGGGUAGUGACGCGCAGCUUGACGUGAAGUAUAAAGUGGAAGUUGCGGACGUGACAGCGGGUAACGCGAUUGCGGCGACGCUGACCACUGCCAAAGUUAAGGCUCCUUCCCCUAUUUGAUCUUGUUUUAGUCCAUUUCUUGUGAGCUGCUUUCAAGUAGAAAUAUACUGGACAGAGUAGAUGUGGAAAAGUAGUGAGUUCUAACACAGCGAGCUUUGAAACCGCCAUGGCUACGGGAAUGGCUACUGCUAUCGCCAACGACGCAACUCUGCAAGCCUCCGGCGCCUUCCAGGUGACGGGGGUCACGAGCAAGCCAGUCGUAGUGGAAACGGAGAUCGUCUACUUUUAUGGCCUUCAACUUCGGCUGGCUGAUUUUCAUCUUCCUCACACACUCUUAGCAGGUUUUUCUUGUACCCUUCUCAUCUUCUUUGCGUUUCCAGAGGUUGUAAAAAAUGCAAAGAUCUUCAAGAAGGUACAUCAAAGAAAAUAA